UUCCAUUUCUCUUUAUAAAUUUCUCGUGUGAAAGAGGAAAAAAAAAAAGAAAGCAAAACUUGGCUAAGCGAUUAAAGAUUGCUGAGAGUACACGUUGUAUACUUUUUUCCUUCUAAUGGCGGAGGUAAUCAGCAAAACGAGUUUGUUCUUCCGAGGAGCUUGCGUGAAUCACCACCACCACGCAGAUGACUUCUCCGUCUCGCCGGUGAGUUUCGGUCUCAAAAAGAGUUUCUCUUCUCUCAAGCAGAAGCCUCUUAGAAGCGACUUCUCUGGAAAACAGAUCCUACAGACCUUCAACAGGAGCUUCCGAUCAUCAUCCGUCACCGCUCAGUCAACGCUGAGGAUUGGGACAGCUCAGAAGUGGUGGGAGAAAGGUCUGCAAGAGAACGUGAGAGAGAUCUCUUCGGCGCAAGAGCUCGUCGACUCUCUCGCCGACGCUGGCGAUAAGCUCGUCGUGGUUGACUUCUUCUCUCCUGGCUGCGGCGGAUGCAAGGCUCUGCAUCCUAAGAUGUGCCAGCUGGCGGAGCAGAGCCCUGAUGUGCAGUUUCUUCAGGUGAACUACGAGGAGCACAAGUCCAUGUGUUAUAGCCUCGGUGUCCACGUCCUCCCGUUUUUUCGGUUCUACCGUGGCGCUCAGGGUCGUGUCUGUAGCUUUAGCUGUACUAAUGCUACGAUAAAGAAAUUUAGAGACGCGUUGGCGAAGCAUAGUCCGGAUAGGUGCAGCCUUGGACCAACCAAGGGGCUUGAAGAGAAAGAGCUUGUGGCACUUGCAGCCAAUAAAGAACUCAACUUUAGUUACACGCCCAAGGUUGUACCUGUUGAGAAAGAAGCAGCUAUUCCCACUUCCAACCCGGCACUCCCUGUUCCUCAUCCAUCGAUGAGCGGUAGUGAGGAGAAGACAUUGGUCUCCGCAGGGAGGUGAUAUGGUUGUGAGAACAAAUAAACAUUUCUCUGUACAGUUUGGGUGAUAGUAGUUACUAGCAACUGAAUAUGUAUUGCAGUUGUCUGUUCUUGGAGCAGCCGGUUUAAUGGGGUUUAGUUUUUUUUUUUUUUUGGGAUCCCCCUGAGCAAAACCGGUUUAAUGGGUUUUUCGAAGAGCAAGACCAGUUCGAGUUUUGCUGAGUUCUUAUGGGAGUGAUAGUGGAAGGUCGUGCGUUUGGGCACAAUGGGAAGAAAGCUUUCUACUUCAAUCAGCUUUAGUAGGACUACUUUGGUUUCUUUGCUUGUUUUUUUAUUGCUUAUAAGGUAAUUCUACGUAAACCUUAUCUAAAGAAAAGGAGAGUCUCCCAUCACUAGUGUUGGUGUCCACCAACUGUCUUCAAACCCGCUGUUUAGGGUCCCCCGUCGUCGGUUCAUACUCCGACUUUAGUAUGUUCUUUGGAACAUCAGUUUCAGGGUUUCAAGUGAAGCAUCUCUAUGGGUAUCUCCGCCCCUUUAACACACUUAUCGCUCUACUUUUCGUUUAUUGUCUAGCCGUUGAGAUUAACUCCGGUUGUAAUCGUUUGAACCCGUUUGAUUUUUAGUUUAAUAUAAGCUUUCGUGACAAAAAAAAA